GACAAAUGGCGGACCACAUCCACAUUCUCAUUCACAUUCCCUACAUCGCAAAUUGCAAAGUGCAUUGGCUUCAUAAACCCUAAAUAAUCAUACAUUUAGUUCAUUCUUCUUUUUCUUCUUCUCAUCUCCAAUUUUCCACAAAUGUCUUCUUCUUCUUCUUCUUCUUCUUCUUCUUCUUCUUCUUCUUCUUCUUCUUCUUCUUCUUCUUCUUCUUCUUCUUCUUCUUCUUCACUGUCAAUUUUCUCUCAUCCUCUGUUUUCAGCUCUUCUCUCUUUCUUCACUCUCAUUCUCCUCUUCUUCCCUCCUUUUCUCUGGACUUCCCUCCUCUCUCCGUCGCUUCUCCUCGCCGGAUUUCUCUUUCUCUCCCUCCUCCGCCUCGGUGCAACUCAACGCGAACACCAACCCAUCACCAUCACCAACCCCCAAUCCAUCAAACUUACUCAACCACCAGAACACUGGAGUGGUUCUCCCAUUUCUUCCUGCUUCGAGGAAUCUUUCGUACAAUGGAAUGUCAGAGCGCCGUUGGAGGUCAUUUACGAAGUCUACGAGGAGGAGGAGGAGGAGGAGGAGGAGGAGGAGGAAGAAGAAGAAGAAGAAGAAGAAGAAGGAGAAGGUGAGGAUCAGGUUAAGGAUGAUGGGACGGUAGUACACAUGAGAUCAAAUCCAAUGGAGAGGUAUCCUUCUCUGUCGCUAUAUUAUCCGGAAACGGACUCCGAUAGCUCGUCGGCGGCGGCGGCAGAUGAGAUGGAGAAUGUGUGUUUUAUGUGGGAUGAUGAAGAUAGGGAUGAAGAACUCAUCGAGAUAGCUUUGGAUAAGAAGAGAGUAUCAUCGGAGUGUUUUCAGUUGGAGGAGGAGAAUUUGAUCGAGAUUAAUAUCUCUCCAACCGCUUUCCCAACGUUUGUUUAAAUAUAUAUAACAAAGGUUUUGUUUUUCUCA